AUGCUUAAAAAGAAUAUAGCACAACUCAAAAGAAGUAAAGAAAAGGCCAAUGAAAACUAUCAAGAAAGACAAGUCUUCCAAAUGAGGUAAGUUUAAAAGAUUAAUGCUGAUCCUAAGCCACACUGCAUACCUGCAGGAGAGCAAAGAAGUGGAAGCGCUAUGGAGAGGCUAUAGGGCAUUUUUUUCCUUGUUCACACUGGGAUCACCACACUCAAUAGCCAUUUCCAACCAUUUUACACAAUGCUAAAACAAACUCAAAUUCAAUACACCAGCAAAUAACAACAACAUAUGCAAUAAGCUAUGCAAUACAGUACCAGAUUUCAUUCAGUUGUUUUUUUAAUGUAUGUUUCGGUGUUACAUAUAACAGAAAUUUUGACACUAAAUAUUUUUUUAGAACAUAUGGAAUACACAUAAGGUUGCUGUGCUACCAGAAUGACUGUGUGGAACUGUAAUCCUGUUACCUGGAUAACAGCUAUACAAGUGGGACUUUGUUAUAUUUAGGAAAUAUAAUAAUUAGCACACUGAUCAUUAAAAGUGUAUGUGAGAUGUUUGGGUAGGUGGGAAUCAUCCAUAAAAUAAUCCUGUCAUAAUAUAAAGCACCAUGCAAAAUACCUAGGACACAGCAUACCUAUAUAAAAAGCUACAGUUUGCUGCAGUGUAAUCCACAUUUUUUUUGAAUCAAUAACUGAAAUGUUUGGGUCAUGCACCUGACUGCCCCGUGUCCAUCGCUUGCUAUGGGGUGGGAGGAGAGAAGAAGACAAUUAUAAUUUGUAAAUCUCAACCAACAUCACUAGCAUAUAUGAGCAUGUACCUAAAUGCAUUGCAAUAGGAACAUGCUGGACAAUUUCUGCAUUGUUAUUGUAAGUAAAGCAAGAUCCUCUGAGUUGUUUUACUUUGGAGCUUCUCCCAGGAGGAUCAUUUGCUUGGAAUGAUAGAUAUUCCUAUAUCAGAAUGAAAGUACAAAAGGCAUACACCCCAUCUGAGGAAUUGUUGUAACAUGGUGGUGCAGUUUUUGGUUGAGACUCUAGGUGUCGCUGCUCCCUAACCAGGUAGAGAAAUGCAAUGAGAGAUGUUGCCAUCUCAGUGCUGCUGCUCCACCUAGAAAGAGAAUGCAAGGGAACAGAAACAAAGAAGAUCUAGAUCCAUUGGAUUUGCUAUUUUAUUUUAUUUUAUUUUUGCUAAGAUAUUGGACCAUCCAGGUUUAAGGGACUGAAAGUAAGAAGAUAACAUCUGGAAAUGGCUAUUGCAACACAUUUCUGUCUUAGGUUCUACAAGGACACAGCUUUCAUUUCCAUCAUAUUUUUUUGCAUCGCAUGUGAGACUGCUGCUGAACAGAUUCAUUAUUCAGUUCCUGAGGAAAUGCCAAAAGGUUCCUUUGUGGGGAAUAUUGCAAAGGAUCUUAGACUGGAUAUAAAGGAUUUUCCACAUUAUGGAGUCAGCUUUGUUUGCAGAGGUAAGAUGGAAUAUUUUGCUUUAAACAAUAAGAAUGGCCAUUUAUACAUUAAGGAAAGACUGGAUAGAGAGCAGACCUGUCCCCAGAUACAAAGAUGUCUCUUUAAUUGUGAAGUUAUUAUAGAAGAUGCAAUGAAGAUUUAUACAAUUGAAGUAGAAAUAAUUGAUGUCAACGACAAUGCUCCAAGCUUCAAAUCAGCUCAACUCCAGAUAAAAAUCAGUGAGAUGACUGAAGGUGGGACACGAUUCCGUCUGGAAGAUGCCCAGGAUCCAGAUUUAGGGAUGAAUUCUGUCCAGAAUUAUAAACUCAGUGCAAACAAACACUUUUCUCUGGAUGUGCAAACUGGAUUGGAUAGUGCAAUAUAUGCAGAGAUUGUACUGGAAACAUCAUUGGACCGAGAAGAACAAAAUGUGCAUGACCUUAUUCUCACCGCCUUUGAUGGGGGGGAUCCACCCAAAUCUGGCACAACCCAAAUCCAUAUUAUUGUCCUUGAUGCAAAUGACAAUGCACCCAUCUUUAGUCAACCUGUAUACAAAGUGACCAUUGCAGAAAAUGUGCCCACAGGCUAUGCAGUAGUCACAGUAAAAGCCACUGACCUGGAUGAAGGAAUCAACAGAGAAAUAACAUACUCCUUCAGAAAAAUAUCUGACACAGCUUCUCAGAACUUCCACAUAAACUCAGAGACAGGUGAAAUUAUUCUUGUGGGGAAGCUGGAUUAUGAAGAAUCUACACUGUAUGAAAUAGAGAUUCAGGCCAUUGAUGGGGGAGGACUAUUUAAUAUAUCAAAAGCUGUGAUUUUUGUAAGUGAUGUUAAUGACAACGCACCUGAAAUAGCUGUCAGGUCACUUGCCAAUUCAGUUCCUGAGGAUUCUGAAGCUGGAACUGCCAUUGCCUUGAUAAACGUGCACGAUGAUGAUUCUGGAGAGAAUGGGAAAGUCCUAUGUUCUAUUCCUAGUAAUAUCCCUUUCCAAUUAACAAAAGCAAAUGCUAACUAUUACACUAUGGUCAUUGCUAGACCGCUGGACAGGGAGCAAGUAGCAGCCUACAACAUCACCAUCACAGCCUCAGAUCAAGGGAUGCCACCUCUUUCAUCAACCACUUUAAUCCUCCUUCAGGUUUUAGACAAGAAUGACAAUGCUCCAUACUUUAUGCAACCAGAAUAUACUUUCUACCUUGUGGAGAACAACCAGAGAGGGGACUCUAUAUUUUCUCUGAAAACAGAGGAUCCAGACUGGGGGGAAAAUUCAAAAACAACCUAUUCCAUCAUUGAAAGUCAAAUGUUUGAUUCCUCACUCUCCUCCUACCUUUCCAUUAAUUCGGAAACAGGGGUUGGUUAUGCCUUGAAAACCUUUGAUUAUGAAGAGUUUCGGGAGAUUAAGUUCCAUGUAGGGGCUCAGGACGGAGGUUCUCCACCACUCAGCUCCAACGUCUCAGUGACUCUCUUCAUCCUGGACCAGAAUGACAAUGCUCCCCAAAUCCUGUACCCCUCCCCUCCCACUGAUGGCUCCACAGGGAUAGAGCUGGCCCCUCGCUCCUCAGAGCCAGGCUACCUGGUCACUAAGGUGGUGGCCGUGGAUGCGGACUCUGGCCAGAAUGCCUGGCUCUCCUACCAGCUGAUCAAGGCCACCGAGCCAGGGCUCUUCACUCUGGGGCUCCACACGGGAGAGAUCAGGACGGCCCGAUUCUUUCUGGAGAAAGAUGCCCUCAAGCAAAGCCUGGUGGUUUUAGUCAAGGACAAUGGGCAGCCUCCAAUGUCGGCAUCAGUCACUGUCACUGUGGUCUUGGCUGACAGCAUCCCUGACAUGCUGACUGAUCUGAGCAGCGUCCCAGUAUCUGAAGACCCACAGUCAGAUCUCACCUUCUACUUGGUGACUGCAGUGGCUUUUGUCUCCUGCUUGUUCCUCGCCUUCCUCCUUGUGUUAUUGGCACUCAAACUUCGCAGGUGGAAAAAUUCUCAGCUGUGUGAUAAUGCAAGUUUGAAUUUCAGUGGUGCACCAGUUUCACAGUUUGUGGGGAUUGAUGGAGUCCGGGCAUUUCUUCAGUCUUAUUGCCAUGAGGUUUCACUGACUUCAGGCUCUCGGAAAAGUCAGAUUCUUUUUCCAAUCGGAAGCUGUACCAAUACUCUGACACCACAACAGGCUCCGGAUAAGCCCGGCCCUGUGUUACUCAUAGGUGAUUCUAACACGGGUACGGAGGAGGCAGCAACCCAUCAGGUGAGUAAAUAAAUUUCAAUACUUUGGCCCUCAUUAUUCAAUAGGUUCUAUUUUAUGAAAUUUAAAAGAAUUUCUAAAAUAACAAAUCCUGGAAAAAUCUGUUUAUGCUUUCUGUAAUAAAGAUGUAAAGAGAGAUGGUGUUUCAUUAAAUGAUGAAGCACUUACUUUAUUGAUUCUAAUAAAUAAUGUAUUUUGAUCUAUGUCAUAUUUUAAACAAUUUUUCUAAGGAUAACGGAAAGCUGGAUCAGAUUUUGUUUUGAAAGGAAACUUGUGUACUAUUCCUAAAGACCUUUAUUGUGCAUAACUUAUAUUGAAAUCCACCUUCUGACCAGGUUAGAAACAGUCACAGGAAGGCCAAUAUUCUUUGUUCUAUCACAGAAGUGUUUAGGAGGCUGGCAACGAUCCUUGGCUUUUCCACUUGCCUGCCACAAUGCAGGAGGUUGCUGGAGAGGGGAAAGGAGCAAUACUAAGGUCUGGUCAGCUGCAUACAAUCUGAACUAUAUUUAAGGCAAUAGCCAGGCACAUACAUUAGCACAGCUUUGUGACCUAGUAUUUCUUUUUAACCUUUUAUAAUACGGUUGUCAGUGAUGGAUGGUCUGCAAGAACAGACAUUUGUCUCUUUUCUGUGAAGCUACUCAGGUUUGUAGCCAAACCACUCAGUGAUCCUCCAGCAGAACGCUUGCCCACAGUUAUCUUUUCAGCAGAUAAGAGGGCGUGCAAGUGAUAGAACAGCCUUCACAUGAGGUUUUGUUUAGGAAUGUACAACUUUUGCUACUGAAACUCAAUAAAAGUUAUUUUGGAGUUCCUUGAAAUGGUUGGCUCAUUGCAAUGCAAGAAGAUAAUGUUGUUAUAAUGAUGUAGCCACCAAUAUCAUGCAGUUUGGAUUACUUCCACCAUAAAAAGUUAUAGCAUGACUGAAAAAAGUGUGGAGAAGGACAAUAACGAUUUUCAGUGAUGAAAAUGCAUCCUUAUGAGGAGAGUUCAAAUCAUUCAUGCAUAGCUUCAGGCAGCAGUGGACAGAGCAUGGUGGGCAGCCUGACCUCCUGGCAGGUGAGUUGCUGCCCUUUACCAUGAGGGGGCACUGCAGCAGUGAUGUUGGCACACUGCAGUGAGGUUGGUAUUGAAAUCAGUAAGUGUGUAAAACAGACAUAAACUUGAUUGAUUUAAUCUUUCUCUGGAUUAUGGUCCUGAGAUUAGAAGUACAGUUACUAUCAUUCUAAAAAAUCAAUUUUGCUUUAAUCUGUUCCUCCUCUUUAGUGGUCAUGGUUCUAUGGAUUUCGUAAGGUGAAUUGAAACUGGUACAUAUCAAGUUUCAGUAUUUAGAUCGCAUCGCAGUAAUUAAUUUCAUGAUCUUAAUCUAUGUUGGCCUCAAUGUUAUAUACGUGCACACAGAAGCUCCUUUGUUGGUACUUUUUGGUCUAAUGAUUUCCACAUUGGUGUGUGACAGGUGAAUCUAAGAAAGCAUUCACUGAAGGAUUGUCCAGUGGUCCAGGCUCCAACACUAAACAGCAAUGAAGGUUGAAACACUCCCUUCAUCAGGUCAUAUUAAAUUACCCACAUGAAAAGGCUAUGUUAAAAUUCAGAUAGGAUCCUGUACAUGUUGAAAUACAGAACUGAGCUGAAUGAGCUUUCAAAAUUAACCUUUUACAAUGGAAAUCAGGACAUUGUGGUGCUAAGGAGGACAAAUGUUGAGAAAUGGGGUAAGGAGCUUACUAGGGAAAGCAACAGCAGCAAAUUCUCCCUCCCUUUUAGGCUGUGUACACAGCACACACUUAAAGCACAUGGCUUUCCCCAAAGAAUCCUGGGAACCAUAUUUUACCCCUCUCAGAGCUAAAAUUCCCAGCAUCCUUAACAACCUACAGUUCCUUGGAUUCUGUGGGUGGGUGUGCAUAUGCAGCCAGUUUAGCUGGUUCUACAAGCAGUGGCAGCAAUGGGACACAAUGUUCCUAUGUAAUGCUUCAGUUAUGUGACAUUAAGAAGCCCUUCCAGAGGCCUUGUGUGCUCUGGUGAAGAAUGUGGUGGUCCCUCACUGGCAGAGAACAUCUGCUCAGCUGCUUCCACUUCCCAUAGAUUGGUGCCUCUAGAUGCACAAAAGGCUUCAGUCAUCUACUACAAGUUGGAAGGCCAUGGAACCAGCCACAGAGGGGUAUGUGUGGUGGUGCCAGCCUUGCAUCCUUGUACUACUGUCUCAAUAAUGUACGUAGUAUUUACUAUUAUUGCUUGAAGCGAGCUUUGAUGGCAAAGGAAACUGCAUUACAUGAAUUCAGGCAUGUAAUAAUAAUAAUAAUAAUAAUAAUAAUAAUAAUAAUAAUUUAUUUAUACCCCACCUAUCUGGCUGGGCUUCCCCAGCCACUCUGGGCGGCUUCCAACAAAAUAUUAAAAUGCUGUAAUGCAUCAAACAUUAAAAGCUUCCCUAAACAGGGCUGUCUUCAGAUGUCUUCUAAAAGUCUGGUAGUUGUUGUUCUCUUUGACAUCUGGUGGGAGGGCGUUCCACAGGGUGGGCACCACUACCGAGAAGGCCCUCUGCCCUCUGCCUUCAUUCAGUGUGGUAUUGUCUACCACAUUUAGUCUUCUAAAUCUUUAGACUAUCUAUGGUCAUAUUCUUGAAAAGGUUUCCUUUAAAAUGGAAAAUAAACAUGUGUCUUAACUGAACAUUUCCCAUAAAUAUUUUAGAACAAAAUGUUAAGAGAUGAUUAUUGAAAGCAAAUGCUACUCAUUUAUGAAAUUCCACUGCUUUUCUGUGCCAAAGAAAUUUAUUCAGGGUCUCUGGAAGGACUCACAGACCCUCCAAGUACCCCUAUUUUCCAAGAACAGCUCCAGAUUUACAGAAGCCAUCCUGGUUUCUGAUUUGAUCCUGCAAUGUCCCACUUUUCCUUAGGAUGUUCCUAUUUUCAUCAAAGAAAUGUUGGAGGGUAUGUCCGUAUUUUCAUCGGAGAAAUGUUGGAGGGGCAUGGAAUGGGAUGGCCAAGGGGCUUUUUUUCAGCCAGAACUCACCAGAACUCAGUUCCAGCACCUCUCAGGUGGGCGCCAUUGCAAGAGAACAAGGGAGGCAUUCAUGGUGAGUUCCAGAACCUCUUUUUCUAGGAAAAUGACACUGGACAUCCCUUUUUUCAUUAGAGAAAUGCUGGAGGGUAUGGUCUCACAGUCACAGCAAAUGCAGAGAAACAUCAAAUGAUAAAUUGACAUGUACUAGGUUUUUACAUAAACAGCACAAUUUACAUAAAUGACACAAAAUGAAAAAAUAGUGCCACUCCUUCCUUGGUUGCCAUCAGAGCCUUGGCCUGGCUACUGGCCACAAUGGGAGGAAGACUGCCUCUGUCCACUGGCUUCAGCUCCACAGCCGCCUUCCCAAAAGGCUGUCAACACCAACAACUCAGGGAAAUGAAAGGAACAAGUCCUUUAUAAAGUAAAAGAAGCAAAGCAGACAGGGAAUUACACCUUUGGGAACUGCGUAGUUUGUUUUGAAUUUUUAAAUCAAACCUCAGUCCUGACCUGCAGUUAAGGGCUCAGGGCCUUACAGAGAUGGCCAAACUUCAUCCUCACUGGCUGAGGUAAGUGAUCUCCCUUUCUUACAAAGGGAUAACUGCCCAUGAUGGCGGCUGCUCCUAGCUUCAGCUCUCUUACAGGGCAUGUGUAUAUCCUUCCUCCAGAAGUCUUAAAGGACGAUUCACAAGCACAAAUAAGUAUAGAUUUAUUUGUAUUGAAGCCUUAUUGGAGUUCACCGAUUGGGUCUGCGUUGCUCCGUGACAGGAGGAAGGAAGUCAAAAUGACACCGAGUUGGUUCAAAGAAAGAGUUUAUUCUGCUCUCCGGAUAGCAGAAGGCACUUGCAUGACAGCAAGUCCAAAGAAAUGACAGGUUUCAUGCAGUUUAUAUAUCCUCCAGGCACCCUCUCACUCCUCCCCUAGGAGCCCAACCACGUCAGCCUACGUACACAGGUUGACAUCACAUAUGUUCCUGCUCUGGUACUCUCAACCAUAAAAGGAUCUUCCUUCCUGUACUUCUGAGCAUAAAAGGAUCUUCCUCUUCCUACUCUUAUCUGGGACGCAGAGGUCACCAUUUCCAAGAACACACUCUGGCAUUAUUCCCAGACGUGGGUCUGCGCGUCUUUGUGGUCAGCACAUAAGAUAAAGUUCUGAUGUGUUUUCGUUGUUCCCCUGGGGAGCCAAGGCCAUCCCUUGCCUGUCCUGAUAAAGGACAGAACUGUUUAUGCAGUUGUGUCCUUAUUAUGGUUUUGCUCAACAGUUCAAGUUUUACGCAUUUAAAAGUGCUCUCUUUUGAAAGAACAAAAGGGGGGGUUGAGUCAGUUUUUAAACUUACUACACAGAAACCCAUUCCUUCAGUAUAGCUUGGAACACAAACUUCUUCCUUCCACCAUGGACAUAACUAUUUCUACACUGAAAGGGUUUAAGCAUAACUACCGUAACUACAUUUACAUAGGCUAAGGAAGAAAAGACCCACAUCUAAUUCUACACAUUUUAAAGUAACCUUUAUUUCUUUGUAGCUAGGCUACAGACUGGGCAAAUCUGAUGGAAACAUCAGAUCAGUGACAAAAAUUCUAUACGCUUUAAUAGAUAGUAAUUCCAUCUGGUGAACUAUGAUAGAAGGAUAUUCUAAUGUGGAGCAUCAGAAUAAAUAGCUCUCAAGGCUCUGAUGCCUGACUUUUGAAGAUUGAAGCCAAUGAAUUAACACUGGUGUUCAUGCAUGGAAUUUAGUCCUAGUUUAUUAAAAUAAGUGAAUAAUCUCUUACACGCACUAUUUUAUACAGAGUUGUCAAUAAAUGCCUAAAACACCAGUCUAUUUAAAAAAAAAAUUGUAAUAGCCGACAACAACCACCAGUACAAAUUUAUCUGAAGUCUAAAUGUUUGAUGUUGUUUCUUUAGGGCAAUUUUUUACUUAUAAAAAUUUAUACUCGUGUUAUGCCCAUUCUUAAAGCAAAAUAAUUGUUUCAUAAUGGCAAAUACAGGACUACCAAUGUAGGAAAAAUAAUCUCCAGUUUUCAGUUGAGCCUCUGAGUGUCGCUGUUUACUAAUCUGGCACAGGAAGACAGAUAUUCAGCUAACCCAGCCAUAGUAUUCUUAAACACAAGCACAAAAUAUCUGAUGCAUCAAACUUGCACAGAUAUUGUAGGCACUGUUAAGAGAGACUUCUAUUUUUUAUUUUUUUUAAAACCACUAAUUUAAAACCCAGAAGCUCCUGAGUCCUAGAAAGUGUUGCAAGAUAAUGGAAGAAAAUCAAAAGCUGUGGAUCUGCAAAGAAAGGGUCUUACGAUGCCUCAUAAUUGUGCUUGCUUGGAAGAUAGUUUCUGGGAAGAUUCAUUAUUCCAUUCCUGAGGAGAUGCAGAAAGGCUCUUUUGUGGGGAAUAUUGCAAAGGAUCUAGGCGUGGAUGGAAAUCAUCUUUCAGACCACGGAUUACGGAUUGUUACCAGGUCAGGUACGAGUCAGUAUUUUGCUUUGAAUUACAACAGUGGCCAUUUACAAACCUCUCAGAGAAUAGACAGAGAGGAAGUCUGUGGAAGGGCAGAAAGGUGUGUUUUAAGUUUUGAUGUUAUAGUUGAGAGCAAAAUAGAGAUCUAUGGGGUUCAAGUGGAAAUUAUUGAUAUAAACGAUAAUGCUCCCCAGUUCUCAUCGGGGAAACAGGAACUGAAAAUCAGUGAGGCAUCUACUGCUGGAUCCCGGUUCCCUCUGCCUGAAGCUCAGGAUCCAGACCUAGGGAUAAAUUCUAUACAGACCUACCAACUCACAGGCAGUAGCCAUUUUUCUCUGGAGGUGCAAGUUGAAGAAAAUGGUGUCAAAUCUGCUGAGCUGGUGUUGGGGAAAAAUCUGGACCGGGAAGAGCAAUCUGUUUUCAAUCUGAUCCUCACAGCUACUGAUGGAGGCGAUCCAGUCAGGUCCAGCACUGCUAACAUCCAAGUCAUUGUUUUAGAUGCAAAUGACAAUGCACCUGUUUUCAGCAAACCAAUCUAUGAAAUGAGCAUCAAGGAGAACAUUCUGAACGGGUCCAGCAUUGCUACAGUUAGUGCUACUGAUCUGGAUGAAGGACAAAACGGAGAGAUAAAAUAUUCAUUCAAAAAAAUCACAAAGAAGGAUUCCAAAAUGUUUAUUUUAAACUCAACGACUGGUACAAUUACCUUAAUGGGAAACCUUGAUUAUGAGGAAUCAUCCUCCUAUGACUUUGAGGUGAAGGCUGAGGAUGGAGGAGGGCUGAGUGACUGGUCAAAAGUUGUGAUAAUUGUUACGGAUGUUAAUGACAAUGCACCUGAACUAUCAAUAACCUUUUUCAUCAAUACCAUUUCUGAGAAUUCACCAAUAGGAACAGUUAUUGCCCUUCUAAAUGUACAAGAUGAAGAUUCAGGGGUCAAUGGGGAGGUCACAUGUUCAAUUCCCAGUAAGCUCCCUUUCCAACUAAAACAGUCUUUUGAUAACUUUUAUAGUUUGGUGACACAAAGCAACCUUGACAGAGAGAACAAAGCAGACUACAACAUCACUAUCACAGCUACUGACCAUGGAAUUCCACCACUUUCUGUGUCAACUUUUAUCCUACUUCAAAUCCAAGACACAAAUGACAACCCUCCUGUUUUUGCAGAACCAUCUUACUUGGCUUAUUUUACAGAGAACAAUCCAAGAGGAGCUCAAGUAUUUUCCUUAAAAGCAAAUGAUCCAGACUGGGAGGAAAAUACCAGAAUAAGUUAUUCCAUAACUGAAGGGAACAUGGACAAAUUCCUUAUUACCUCCUACCUCUCCAUUAACUCUGAGACAGGGGUCAUCUAUGCUCUGAGUUCUUUUGACUAUGAAGAGAUCAGGGAGCUGAAGUUCCUGGUCAAGGCUCAGGAUGGAGGUUCUCCACCACUCAGCUCCAACGUCUCAGUGACUCUCUUCAUCCUGGACCAGAAUGACAAUGCUCCCCAAAUCCUGUACCCCUCCCCUCCCACUGACGGUUCCACAGGGAUAGAGCUGGCCCCUCGCUCCUCAGAGCCAGGCUACCUGGUCACUAAGGUGGUGGCCGUGGAUGCGGACUCUGGCCAGAAUGCCUGGCUCUCCUACCAGCUGAUCAAGGCCACCGAGCCAGGGCUCUUCACUCUGGGGCUCCACACGGGAGAGAUCAGGACGGCCCGCUUCUUUCUGGAGAAAGAUGCCCUCAAGCAAAGCCUGGUGGUUUUAGUCAAGGACAAUGGGCAGCCUCCAAUGUCGGCGUCAGUCACUGUCACUGUGGUCUUGGCAGACAGCAUCCCUGACAUGCUGACUGAUCUGAGCAGCGUCCCAGUAUCUGAAGAUCCACAGUCAGAUCUCACCUUCUACUUGGUGACUGCAGUGGCUUUUGUCUCCUGCUUGUUCCUCGCCUUCCUCCUUGUGUUACUGGCACUAAAACUUCGCAGAUGGAAAAAUUCUCAGCUGUGUGACAAUGGAAGUGUGCAUUUUGAUGGUGCUCCCAUCUCCCAGUUUGUGGGGAUUGACGGAGUCCGGGCAUUUCUUCAGUCUUAUUGCCAUGAGGUUUCACUGACUUCAGGCUCUCGGAAAAGUCAGAUUCUUUUUCCAAUCGGAAGCUGUACCAAUACUCUGACACCACAACAGGCUCCUGAUAAGCCAGGCCCUGUGUUACUCAUAGGUGAUUCUAACACAGUUACGGAGGAGGCAGCAAUCCAUCAGGUGAGCACAUAAGUUUCAGUACUUCCCAUUUGAUCUUCCAGUAUUCUAAAAUGCAUAGGAAACUUUCCUGAGUAUAAAGAUUUUCUGAAUGCUGCUACUGCCAUUGUUUAACAAUGUAUAAUGAUCUCUAGAACAGAUAGGUUGUCUUUCUUACUCUAUGUCUUGGUGGUAUGUCUUGUAGUGCUGAUGCCAGGUGAAGUCAUCUUGCAUAUUCUGUAGUACGUCUCUACCAUGUGCACAAUGAAAUUUGCCUUUUGAAAACGUUCCGUUGCUGACCUUCUGAAUGCCUGUAGAUGCAAUGCUCCCUUUUUGUCAACAAUUUUAUGUGGGGUUAUAAAUUGAUGCUCCCCUUUUCAUCAAAUACAUUCAGGCUUCAGUUCUUUGCCACAAUGGUGCUGGUCAACGUAAAUGCUAUAUUUAUCUUGUUUUUGUUUUUUAUUUGAAGAAGUGUAUUAUCUAUCUAUAUGUAUCUUCCUAUCUAUCAUCUAUCUAUCUAUCUAUCUAUCUAUCUAUCUAUCAUCUAUCUAUCUAUCUAUCUAUCUAUCAUCUAUCUAUCUCUAUCUAUCAUCUAUCUAUGAGAAAGAACACACAUAUAUAUGAAAUAACAUUAGUAAAACAAAUCAGCAAUAGCUCUGUAUCCAAAAAUUGUUGUAACAGGGAACAUAAAAUGUGUAGUUUUUACUUUCAUUAAUUGUUAAUGAUAUCCAGUGCUUUUUUUCAGCUGGAGUGCAGUUCUGGCACCUCUCAGGUGGGCGCCAUUGUGGGUUGGCACCCCCCCCCCCCACUUCAUGCCUUUACAUAUUUCUGAGAAGCACCCAAACUAACAUUUCAAGUCAAAAUGGAAGCUCCCCAGUGUGUCUACACUUUUUAAAGAUCUAUGAUUCCACCCAGCUCCUAGCCGCUCUUAGCCAUGAUUGGUCAAGGUUAGGACUUAACUACAGGACUAAUUCGUACUUCCUUUUCUUCAAUCCGUCUGCUGUGUAGCGGCAGUGGGCUUUAAGCUGUCCCGCCAGCCUUCUACCAUUGCAUGAGUGUGCGUUUGUGCAAGGGCCCUUCUGAGCUGCCCUAGCCAUCCGCCUGUAUCUAAGAGAGCAAGGGAGGCAGGGGUACAUUUAUCUUUAAUCCUAUCCAUAUUCUGUGCCUAACACUAAGGCUAAAUCCUGGGACAUUUGGUACUAGAUUUGGGAAUAUGGAGCAUAAAUACUAUUAUAGACUAAUGGCAUUGUUAUCUCAUUGUCUAAACUAAUACUAUCCUUCAGGCAAAUAAAGGUAUAGUGAAAAAAUCUAGAUAUACUACUACUACUACUACUACUACUACUACUACUAUAUUAUUUAUACCCCGCCCAUCUGACUGGCUUUCCCCAGCCACUCUGGGUGGCUCCCAACUGAAUAUUAAAAACACAAUACAGCAUCAAACAUUAAAAACUUCCCUAAAAAGAGCUGCCUUCAGAUGUCUUUUAAAAGUAAGAUAGUCGCUUAUUGCCUUGACAUCUGAUGGGAGGGCGUUCCACAGGCAGGGGCCACUACCAAGAAGGCCCUCUGCCUGGUUCCCUGUAACCUCACUUCUCGCAGUGAGGGAACCGCCAGAAGGCCCUUGGCGCUGGACCUCAGUGUUCAGGCAGAAUGAUGGGGGUGGAGACGAAGUUCCAAAAUUAUGGGUCAGACUACACAUCUAGUAAAGAAGAUGAAAUGAUAACUAAAUCCUACCCCCUGGAAACAAAGGAGAAUUAAUUAUAUAUAUUUUAAAAUACUUCUUCUAAUUUCAGUGAGUUAUUAAAGACAGUUACCAACCCUUACACACACACAAAAUUAAUAAGAAUUCAGAAACCUGGUCCUAAUGAACUCCAUGUUGAUUUGGUAAAGUUGCAUUAUUAAAGGAAUGUGUAACCAGGGUUAUCUUUCCCUUCUCCCCUAACAGUUCUAAUUCAAUACUUAAAUAAUAUAUAAAUUUAAUUAAUUUUGGGGUGGGGAGGAGAAGCAGGAAUUAGAAGUAAUACAAUGGAACAGAUUUAGGCCAAAGGUAUCAAGAAUACUAAAAUAUUAUAGAUAGCAUGCAUCACAACUUCUAGCUUUGACUAAUUGGCUAAACAUGGGGAAAUGCUGUAAAACAUAACAUUUUCAGUGACAAUGAUUGUCAUUAUAUCUUAGAAGAGCUUGAGACUCUUAAUCUCAGGGCCAUGGUCCCUUCCAGCUCUAUGAUUCUAUGAAUAUUGGUACAGAGAAACCCCCCAAAAUACUAGAAAAUAUGUAAUAUCAACUAAUACCAAAGGACACCAUAAUCUUGGCUGCAAAAUAUCAUAUUAGAUAAAACACUAUAGUAUUUUGGGGAAACAAGACUUCAGUAACAGUCAGCCUAGUUAUUGUACAGGAGAUAAUACACAACAACAAUCUUCAGGUGAGCUUUUUCUCUUAACUGAAAAAGCAGACUCGGAGGUUGUAACUGGAAGUGCAAAGGACUACUGCCUCUUUCUCUUCCUGCUGUUUGCUGAAAACAAGCCUCCCUGGUUGCAUUUUCAUUCAUGGAAAGAUAGGGGGAGAAAAUCAGUUUGGAAAUUUUUGAAUGAACAAAUGGUAGGAAUGAAAAAACAAUAGCAAAGAAGAAGGAGAAGAAGAGUUUGGAUUUGAUACCCCACCUUUCACUCCCUUUAAGGAGUCUCAAAGCGGCUAACAUUCUCCUUUCCCUUUCUGCCCCACAACAAACACUCUGUGAGUUGAGUGGGGCUGAGAGACUUCAGAGAAGUGUGACUGGCCCAAGGUCACCCAGCAGCUGCAUGUGGAGGAGCGGAGACGCGAACCCGGUUCCCCAGAUUAUGAGACUACCGCUCUUAACCACUACACCACACUGACUCUCAAACACUAAUCUUCCCUUUAUUAAAGCCCAUAUACACAAUGAGCUGCUCCUGCUCCUGAUGGUGAUGAUUCCCAACAAGAUUAAAAGUUAUCUCUCUACCUACUUAAUUGCACCAUGUGGUGCUGCACUUGCAGGAUGUGACAACACAACCAGCCGUUCCUCAGAACACCAUUGGGUGGGUGGGUGCUGUGAAGUAGAAAGACAUGAAUUGCUCUGUGGCUCCAAGCCAAGGACGGCCACCCGAGAAAAGGUGAAAGUGGGUGUAGAAUGACAAUCUCUCCUUUUAGAAAUUGCCAUUCUCAAUUUCAAGCAAAUCUCAAGUAUUGGAAUGUGCCAUUCAGGUAGGAAUGAGUGUCAAGACUGAGUUCAGUGUUCGCUUCCUCCUCCUGCCUUGAAGAGCUGAUAGUUGCUCAUCACUUCUUCCCAUAAAAUAUCAUCUGAUUUCCUGAUUUCCUCCCCAUCAUGCCUUUAGAGUUGUGAAUGGUAGCAGCAUUUGAGAGUUUAAUACUCUGUAGAUUUGUGAAAGAAGUAUUUUACCGCAUGGAUUAUAAGUGGACAUAGUGUGGGAGUAACGCAUGUAUUUGGAUCAUUUGUAUUGUCAGUUUUUUGCUGACUCUCAGGUGUUGUAAGGGGUUGCUGACCUGUAUAAAAAUAUUAGAGCCAAAAAAGCCACACCUGUUCCCACUGUCCAAAUAUUGUUAUUCUAUCUUCAUUAAAAAAAAAUGGAUGGCAGAUUAAAAGCAUCAUAAGUGAUAUCGGAGUGGCAAAUUUUGAGAACCAUUAUUUCCAGAUCCUAUGGUUAGAGAACAAGAAAAGAUUAGGUAAGUAAUCUAGGACUUGUUAAGUGAAAAGAUAACCAACACAUAGACUCUUGACUCAGUGUAUGUUCCAUAGUGGUCCACGACACCCUUUCCAAGCCCUGAAUCAGCAGCAAAACAUUGUGACUUUAUAAGAACAUAAUAUGAUUUCAUAAGAAGAACCUGCUGGAUGAGGCCAAUAGCCCAUGCAGUUCAGCAUCCUGGCUGAGUGGUCAACCAGACACCUGUGGGAAACCUACAAAUAGGACCUGAGCUCAAAAGCACCCUCGCAUCCCGUGGAUUCCAGCAACUGGUAUUCAAAAGCAUUACUGCCUCUAGCUGUGGAGGCAGAGCAUAACCAUUAUGGGUAAUAGCCUUCAGUAGCCCUUUCCUCCAUGAAUUUGUCUAAUCCUCUUUUAAAGCCAUCCGAUUUAUCAUCACUGCGUCCUGUAGGCUUGCGUUCCUUCAUUUAACUAUGCACUGCUUGAAGACUUAGUUCCUUUUAUCUGUUCUGAAUCUCCCAGCGUUCAGCUUCACUGGAUGUCCCUGCGUUCUAGUGUUUUGCAUAAUUAUAUAAACUUCUGUCAUGUUACCUCUUACCCACCUAUUCUUUAAACUACAAAUUCCCAAGAGCUGCAAGUUUUCUUUGACCAAAAUGGUCAAAGGCCUGGAAACGAUGCCUUAUGAGGAACGGCUAAGGGAGCUGGGCAUGUUUAGCCUGGAGAAGAGGAGGUUAAGGGGUGAUAUGAUAGCCAUGUUCAAAUAUAUAAAAGGAUGGCACAUAGAGGAGGGAGAAAGGUUGUUUUCUGCUGCUCCAGAGAAGCGGACACGGAGCAAUGGAUCCAAACUACUAGAAAGAAGAUUCCACCUAAACAUUAGGAAGAACUUCCUGACAGUAAGAGCUGUUCGACAGUGGAAUUUGCUGCCAAGGAGUGUGGUGGAGUCUCCUUCUUUGGAGGUCUUUAAGCAGAGGCUUGACAACCAUAUGUCAGGAGUGCUCUGAUGGUGUUUCCUGCUUGGCAGGGGGUUGGACUCGAUGGCCCUUGUGGUCUCUUCCAACUCUAGGAUUCUAUGAUUCUAUGAUUCUUCAUAGAAGGGGUUGCUUGUACUCCUUGAUAAUUUUGCUUAUUCUUUUUUGAAUAGAUCUCAGUGAUCCACCAGGUGUAUAUGGGGACAGGAGUUCUUUCAGAAAACAAGGUCCUGAGUUGUUCAGGGCUUUGUUUCCUACAUAUUUAAAUAAUUUACCAUGAAGUGCUCAGACCUCUUAAAUGCUCUUGAGAUACUGAGGGAGACUGAAACCACUGUGCCUUCUGAUGUCUUCCUCUACCAACACACACAUACAUACAUUAUUUUAUUUGUAUGCCUCUUUUCCACAGUUCAGACCAUGCUCAAGGUAGCUUACGACAUAAAAAAAUACAUAACUACAACAUAACGAAAGUAGUCAUAAACAAUAAAUAAAACAUGGAACUGAUAAUAAAACAUGAAACACAACCAAACUGAACAGUUUCUACAUAAAUCACAAGAUCUAAAAUAAAGAUACAAAAAACCAACAGCAACAACAGCAGCAAGCCCUCAUCACCCCAAAAAAGCUACACCCCAGCCCCAAUCGUCUCACCCGCCAUCCUUUCCACUUUAAAAUUCACUCACCAGAGCAUAGAAUGGGGCUGCUGGGUGCCUGAGGCCACGCCCCUCUACACAGUGCAGUUAUCUUAUGAAUAAGCACAUGCACUGUUGAAACAUUUAAAGCAGCCUCUCUGAAUGAGCACCUUGCUACCCUAACUGCAGAUAAGCCUGGGGUGCUUUAUAAAACAUGCAAUAAACCCUACUUACAUGACUAUAUUAAUAGAUAAUGAAUGCAAUCCUCCUAAUGCAAUUAACACCCCAUAUAUUAAUGCACAUUACAAGCACAAGAAAAAAGCAUCAACUUUUUAAAGUACUCCAGAUGAAGAUAAUGAGAUUGCCUCGCCAUAUCACUUGGGUCUAUUAAACAGGAUGUGGAACUUUCAGUCCAUCACAUCCCUGACUCAGAUUGUCUAAUAUGAAAGUAAGAUUAUGUUUAAACGAUCUAUAGUUUUCAGUUGAGCCUCUGGGUGUCGCUGUUCACCAAUUUGGCUACAGAACACACUGGGAGUUCCAUAAAUUCUCUACUGUAUAAACAGAAAAUAUCUGCAUGACCAUACUUGCACACACAUUGCAGGGAGUGUAAUAGGAGCAACUUUAAAUAAAAAAUAACAGCAUUUAUUUCAUACUCAAAAACGUCUGAGCCAGAAUAAGUGGCAUUUAUCCUGUUGCAAGAAAAUGGGAGGAAACCAGAAGCAAUGGAGCUGUAAAGAGACAAUCUUGUUGCAAUGCCUCAUAUUGAUGUUCAUUUUGAAGACAGUUUCUGCACAACUUCAUUAUUCCAUUCCAGAGGAGAUGCAGAAAGGCUCUUUUGUGGGAAAUAUUGCAAAGGAUCUAGGAAUGGAUGGAAAUAAUCUUUCAAACCGCGAGCUCCGGAUUCUUACCAGAACAGGUAUGAUUCAGUAUUUUACUUUGAACUACAACAGUGGUCAUUUACAAACCACUGAGAGAAUUGACAGAGAAGAAAUUUGUGCAUGGGCAGAGAAGUGCAAAUUAAAUUUUCAGGUUAUUGUUGAGAGUAAAAGAAAACUUUAUGGAGUUGAAGUGGAAGUUACUGAUAUAAACGAUAAUGCUCCCCACUUUCCUCCAGGACAACUGGAGGUGAAAAUUAAUGAAAUAUCUAUAAAAGGGUCUCGGUUUCCUCUGCCUGAUGCUACUGAUCCAGAUCUGGGGAUAAAUUCUGUUCAGAAUUACCAACUCACAGGCAGCGUGCAUUUUUCUCUGGAUGUUCAAACAGGAGAAAAUGGUCCCAAACAUGCUGAGCUGGUGCUGGAAAAAUCUUUGGACAGAGAGGAACAGCCAGUUUAUGAUCUAAUUAUUAUGGCUAUGGAUGGGGGUGAUCCUGUCAGGACUGGCACGGCCCAAAUUCAAGUCAUUGUUUUAGAUGUAAAUGACAACGCACCAAUUUUUAGCCAACCAGUCUAUGAAAUCAGCAUUGAGGAGAACAUUCCCAAAGGGUCCAUACUCUGUGCAGUCAAAGCCACUGAUCUGGAUGAAGGAAUCAACGGAGAGGUGAAAUACUCCUUCAAAAAAACCACAAAAAAGGAUUCACAAAUGUUUCUUUUAAAUUCAACAACUGGCAUAAUAACCCUCAUGGGAAACUUGGACUUUGAGACAUCAUCCUUCUAUGAAUUUGAGGUGCAAGCUGAAGACUUUGGAGGACUGUUUGACAGAGCAAAGGUUGAGAUCAUGGUCACAGAUCUGAAUGACAAUGCGCCAGAAUUAACUGUGACCUUUCUGACCAACUCCAUUCAUGAGAACUCAUCAACCGGAACAGUUAUUGCUAUUAUAAAUGUAGAAGAUCAAGAUUCUGGAAUCAAUAGUGAGGUCACAUGCACAAUUCCCAGAAACCUCCCGUUUCAGCUAAAACAAUCCAUAGACAACUUUUAUAGUUUGGUGACAGAUGGCCCCCUUGACAGAGAACAAGUGGCAAACUACAACAUCACCAUCACAGUAACUGAUCAUGGAAUGCCUUCUCUUUCUACAGCCACCAUCAUAGCUCUGCACAUUUUAGACACAAAUGAUAACCCACCUCACUUUGCAAGAUCAGAUUACAAGUCAUUUUUCAUGGAAAAUAAUCAGAGAGGAGCAUCCAUCUUUUCUCUAAAUGCAAAUGAUCCAGACUGGGAAGAGAACUCCAGAAUAACUUAUUCCAUCAUAGAAAGUCAAGUGACUGGCUCCCCUCUCUCCUCCUACCUCUCCAUUAACUCAGAGACAGGGGUCAUCUAUGCUCUGAGUUCUUUUGACUAUGAAGAGAUCAGAGAGAUGAGGUUCCUGGUCAAGGCCCAGGAUGGAGGUUCUCCACCACUCAGCUCCAACGUCUCAGUGACACUCUUCAUCCUGGACCAGAAUGACAAUACUCCCCAAAUCCUGUACCCCUCCCCUCCCACUGAUGGCUCCACAGGGAUAGAGCUGGCCCCUCGCUCCUCUGAGCCAGGCUACCUGGUCACUAAGGUGGUGGCCGUGGAUGCGGACUCUGGCCAGAAUGCCUGGCUCUCCUACCAGCUGAUCAAGGCCACCGAGCCAGGGCUCUUCACUCUGGGGCUCCACACGGGGGAGAUCAAGACAGCCCGCUUCUUUCUGGAGAAAGAUGCCCUCAAGCAAAGCCUGGUGGUUUUAGUCAAGGACAAUGGGCAGCCUCCAAUGUCGGCAUCAGUCACUGUCACUGUGGUCUUGGCUGACAGCAUCCCUGACAUGCUGACUGAUCUGAGCAGCGUCCCAGUAUCUGAAGACCCACAGUCAGAUCUCACCUUCUACUUGGUGACUGCAGUGGCGUUUGUCUCCUGCUUGUUCCUCGCCUUCCUCCUUGUGUUACUGGCACUCAAACUUCGCAGGUGGAAAAAUUCUCAGCUGCCUGAUAAUGCAAGUUUGAAUUUCAGUGGUGCACCAGUUUCACAGUUUGUGGGGAUUGACGGAGUCCGGGCAUUUCUUCAGUCUUAUUGCCAUGAGGUUUCACUAACUUCAGGCUCUCGGAAAAGUCAGAUUCUUUUUCCAAUCGGAAGCUGUACCAAUACUCUGACACCACAACAGGCUCCGGAUAAGCCCGGCCCUGUGUUACUCAUAGGUGAUUCUAACACGGGUACGGAGGAGGCAGCAAUCCAUCAGGUGAGCACAUAA